CAAUAUUCUGAAAAUAAUCCAGUGAAGAUGUUGCAAAUAAACUUGUCUCUUUUGUGUAUUUCCUUGUUUUUCAUCAACGAAGUGAGUUCUUAUUUAGAAGCUAGAGGCGAUGGUUUAUAUUACGGGGGUCAAAAGGUUUUUCUCUCUGGUGCCAAUUAUGCUUGGCACAAUUACGGACAAGAUUUCGGAGAUGGUCAUUACUUCAGCGAAUCGCAGGCAUUUUAUGAAAGAUGGCUAGAUGAAAUUGCGAGCGCCGGAGGCAACUCAGUCCGAUUCUGGCUCCACGUGGAGGGAUACGUGACCCCGAAGUUUGAUGCAAAUGGAUACGUGAUUUCUGGAGACAAUCAAGGAACUUUAAAAGAAGAACUGAAGACGUUUUUAGAUGCAGCUCGGCAAAGAAACAUCUUCGUAGUACCCGUGCUGUGGAAUGGCGCAUAUUUGACGAACCAAAAUGCCAUAAAUUUGGUUUGGGAUGAAAGCAAACUCCAGUCGUACAUUGACAACGCACUCAAGCCACUUGUGUCAGCAGUGAGCAAUCAUCCAGCGUUAGCAGCCUGGGAAAUAGUGAAUGAACCAGAGGGUUCCAUCAGGGUCGGGGUCUCCAACUCAAAUCCCUGCUUCGAUACAACUCCUAUAAGCAACAGUGGAGCUGGAUGGACAGGACUGAGCAUUCCAAUUGAGAACUGGCUGAAGUUCAUCAACCGACAAAUAGAUGCUAUCAGAAGUGUGGACCCUGCAAUGCUUGCCACCCAGGGUGCCUGGUCAGAAAGGUCCCAGACAAAUGUUUGCGCAGACUGCCACAAUUACUUCAGUGAUGACUGCCUGAUUGCAGCUGGUGGCAGGCCUGGUGGCACUAUCGAUUUCUACCAAAUGCACACAUACUCUUGGCAGAGUCAAUACAGUCCCUACAGUCCAUUGAAGGUACUGUAA